UUUACAGACAGCAGGUACACAUUUGGCAUUGUGCACGAUUUUGGCACCAUUUGGAAGCACAGAAAUUUUCUCACUAGCACAGGAUCUCCCAUUGCACAUCAUAAACUGGUCUCUGAGUUGUUGGAUGCUAUUCUACUCCCUAGAGCCACUGCUGUGUCUAGCGGACCUUCAGAGCACUGCCACCCAGGACAAGAGACGAGUCUGGAAACAGGCAGGCUGUAUCUUUGCAAACUUGGUCUAGGUUUGUCCCUCAGGCCGUCCCUGUCUACCAAAAUACAUGUUCCCUUUCUAUGCAAAAUUGGCACAUGGGCUCACCCAUGUGUCAAAAGGGGGGAUGGUAGCAGAAGUAACAAAGAGAUGGUUCACAGAGGGGUUUUCAAAUUAUACUGCAAAAUUUUGCAAGCAAUGCUUGAUAUGCGCACAAAAUAAUGCAGGUCAAGGUAUCAAACUAACUCAAGCAGCACACCCAAUACCAGACAAACCAUUUGAUCAUCUCCAAAUGGACUUCAUUGAACUGACACCUAGUGAAGGGAAAAGGUAUUGCCUGGUAAUAGUUGACAUGUUUUCAAAAUGGGUUGAAGUAUUCCCCACAGCUAAACAAGACUCAGAGGCGGUAGUCAAAGCACUCCUGAGAGAUAUAAUUCCUAGGUGGGGUAUACCUAGCAAAAUCUCAAGUGACAAUGGAACACCCUUUGUUAAUGCAGCCCUAAAGAAAAUAGGAGCAUUCCUAGGGAUAGACCCAAAACAACAUUGUGCCCACCAUCCUGCCAGUGCGGGAGCAGUAGAGAGGGAAAAUGGGUCACUUAAAAAUAAACUAAGCAAAGCUUGUGCAGAAACAGGGCUAGGAUGGACAAAGGUCCUCCCUGUAGUACUCACACAAAUGAGGAUGCAAAUUAGACCUAAGCAUGGGUUAAGCCCAUUUGAAAUUCUGUUUGGACGAGUACCCAACAUGGGGAUAGGGCCAGCCCAAGGAACACUGCCGAACAGCAGACUGUGUGAUGAUGCAAUGUUGAAUUACUGUGCAACGUUGUCCUCUGCUUUGAAAUCUAUCCACAAACAGGUAAAAGAAGCACUUCCCAAACCUGCUGAGGGACCUCUGCAUGAUCUACAACCAGGGGAUUGGAUAGUGGUGAAGGACUUCCAAAGAACCAAGUGGAACAAGCCACGGUGGAAUAGCCCAUUCCAGGUCCUGCUCACGACCCCAAUGGCAGUGAAGGUCACAGGCAGAGUGACGUGGAUCCAUGCUAGCCACUGCAGGAGGGUUCCUGAACCAGCUGAGCAGGAGGAAAAGGAAGGCCUAAGUGACCCGGACACUGGUAAAGCUCGUGAGGAAGAAAGGCAUCACUACAUGGAACAGUAGGCAGCUGACAAAUAUUGGUUACCAGAUGGUGAAAAUAGACCGAGACGACUUGCCUGACUGGCCUCCAAAACCCACACGAAGACCACAACCACAUGUUCGAGGACAUCAGCACAGUUGACAUGAAAUUAGUCCUAACUUAAAACAUUUUCAUUUGUGGUUGUUUCCUGUUCUAUUGUUUCCUGAUCUAUGUAUAUAGCUUGCUAGCGUUAACUUAAGAUGUCUAUGUCUUACAAAACAGCCUUAGCAUUAUCCCUGUACACUCAAUGACGUGUUAAGUCGAAUCUCUCUGAGAACUCUUAUCACUGAAACUGUGUACAGUUCUUUUCUUUUAGCAAUUAUUAUCCUGUAGGAUAAUAAGGGGGGAAAUGUGACGGAAAUUUAAUAGACGAACAUUAUUAUUCUCUGUGUUUCUGUAUGUUGAGCUCAAGUGACUUAGUGAACUGAGAAAAGUUGU